GCACAUUCCUGGGACAAACACAUCAGCUGUUGUAAAUUGUUCCACCAAAGUUUUCUGCUGUUCACUGAUUUUAUAGAGGACACAUCAUAACAAUUUCCCAGAAAACAACAUACCAUGGAUGUUUGGGUGAAAUGGUUAGCAGUGAUGUUGCUGCUUACUAUGGCUGAUGCACAACUACUGAAGCCUGCAAGGGCCCCCCUGGUUCUGCACAAGCCUUUCAUGGUGUUUUGGAACGCGCCGACUGAGCAGUGCAGGCUGCGUUACAAGGUGGACCUGGAUCUCAGUGUUUUUGACAUUGCAUCCAACACCAAUGAGACUCUGAGUGGGUCCAGCGUGACAAUCUUCUAUCACACUCAUUUGGGAUACUAUCCCUACUACUCAGAUAACGGAGACCCUGUCAAUGGAGGGGUACCUCAGAACGAAAGUCUUAUCAAACACCUUAAUAAAGCAAAGUCUGACAUUGACUAUUGCAUACCCAUGAAGAAAUUUCAGGGACUUGCAAUCAUUGACUGGGAAAACUGGAGGCCCCAGUGGGAUAGGAACUGGGGUAAUAAAAGCAUUUAUAGAAAUAAAUCUCUUGAGAUGGUUAGGAGACGACAUCCUCAGUGGUCAGAGGACAAAAUUAGGAAAGUGGCUAAAGAGGAAUUUGAAAAUGCUGGCAAGAGCUUUAUGAACAACACUAUCCUUCUGGCUGAACAUAUGAGACCAAACGGUUUAUGGGGUUACUACCUUUACCCAGACUGCUACAAUUAUGAUUACAAAGAACAACCCCAAACAUACACAGGGAAAUGCCCAGACAUUGAGUCUUCCCGCAAUGACCUCCUGCUUUGGCUAUGGAAGGAAAGCACUGCUCUCUACCCUUCUAUAUACCUGGAUUAUGUACUGAAGUCAAGUCCAAAUGCACUGAAGUUUGUUCACUAUCGGGUUAAGGAGGCAAUACGUGUUGCCUCAAUUGCUAGAAAAGACUAUGUUUUGCCUGUUUUUGUUUACUCCAGACCAUUUUAUGCCUAUACUUUUCAUGUUUUAACAGAGACAGAUCUGGUCAAUACCAUUGGUGAAAGUGCAGCUUUGGGAGCAGCAGGAGUUGUUCUCUGGGGCAGUAUGCAAUAUGCCAGUUCAAAGGAGAGUUGUUCAACUGUGAAACAGUACAUUGAUGGACCCUUAGGACAUUACGUCAUUAACGUGACCUCAGCAGCCAAACUCUGUAGCAAAGUCCUGUGCAAGAAGAAUGGAAGAUGUAUCCGCAAAAACAGUGACUCUUCUGCUUACCUCCAUUUGUCACCCAGUAAUUUUAAGAUCCGAGCCAGUCACUCAGAAAGAGGCCCCAGGUUCCAGGUGACUGGUGAACCCAACCUGGAGAGUAUUGAAGCCAUGAGGCAGAGAUUCAUGUGUCAGUGUUACCAGGGCUGGACGGGAAUAUUUUGUGAAUUGCCUGACCAAAAGCUAGUGGAGCGCUGGGUUCACAUUCUGUUCAGUAGAUCAAGAAAACAAAAAAAUGAUGUCUUCCUCUUAGGGGCCAUGCAGCUGCUUCUGCUUUAUACCACACACUGAAGUCUUCUGAGGCAGUGCAAGGAAAUAAGAAAAGGUACCACUAAGACUUCUGUUCCUUAGCAAGUUUUUGUUGCGAAGGAAAAAGGCUUUGUUGAUUAAAUACUUUUAUUCUAUUUUCUCCAUCUCCCACUCCUGGAAUUGCUUCAGACAUUAAACAUUUUUAAAUCAGUCCCUAUUUUUUUAACAGCUCAUUUACUCUUAACUGAUGUUUUACUCAUACAUUCAACAGAUAAAUCUUCUGCUGUGACACUGGAAGCUUUACCUGAGUAAAAAAGUUUAAUAAACUUGUACAAGGAUUCAUCCAUGUAGAGGCUUCAAAAAGGACACAGGGCUUCUUUGUUUCAGGGAUGGAUGUUUUAACAUAUGGUGGUGA